UACAGUAACGGGGAGUGUCCUGCAGCUCAGAAAGUGCAGCGUGGAGGAGAGUAGAAUACAGAAAAUUGCCGUGUGCUCUGCAUGAGGCUCAGGCAUUUGGCUCUGAAGAGUGUCGCAAGACAGAAUGACGAGCGAGCCAGGGAGGUGUGUGGGAGGACACAGGGGAGAAGAAAGGGAUCCAGGCUGGAAAAGCUGGGAAGAAGAGCCCUCAUCCCAGCUGGAUCUCCCAGGAAAUGAGUGGCAGCUGAAAGACACAGGGGUGGUCAGCUUGGAGGCUGUUGGUCAAGACUCUCCUGUUACAAAUGAGACCAGACUUAAGACAGGAGGUGCUGCUGGCAGGAAGGCAGCUGUGGUGCAGAAGAAAGGGACAGAGGAGACGGAGAGGGAUAGUCUGAUGAUGGAGCUGACCGGGCUGGUACAGAAAGUUGUCAGAGAGAGCAGCUGGUGGGAGAGACAGGGCAUUGACUGCUCCAUCCUUCUCUCUGCUUUCCUCUCCUUGCCUGCAGGGUUCCUGUUGUUGGGCUCUUCUCAGGCCUUGGUUUUUGCAAUGGGAGUGUUGCUCAUGGGGACUGCACAUGCUAUCAUCACUGUUAAGGGGACUCAUCUGGCCAGCCACGGGGCUUUAAGCGAGUCCCGGGCUUGGGGAGGGUUCUGGGCCGUGUUCUUCAUUGAGGUGUGCGGGUCAUUCCCUGCCAAGGCUGGUAUCGAGGCUCACGUCAAGCUCCACCAUGCCCACACCAAUGUGAUUGGCUUGGGAGACUCCAGCACCUGGCGCAUUCCUUUCCUGCCCAGAUACGUCUACCUGUUCCUGGCUCCUCUGGCAGUGCCCGUCCUCACCCCUCUAGUCGCUCUAGGUCUGCUGAAAGAGCACGCUCCAGGCCUUGCGCUGAGGACAGGGUGCUUGAUGGCUCUGGGGCUGUACUCUCAGUACUGGCUGCUCCUCCACAUCUCCGGCUUCCAGUCCUCCGGCUCCGCUCUGCUGUGCAUGCUGCUCUGCAGGGCUCUCUUCUCCCUGCCGUACAUCCAUGUCAACAUCUUCCAGCACAUUGGCCUGGCUAUGUUCUCCCCACACCGCAGGCCGAAGAGGAUCUACCAGAUGACACACGGGGUUCUCAAUCUGCCCCGGAACCCACUGCUGGACUGGACGUUCGGUCACUCCCUCAUCAACUGCCACGUGGAGCACCACCUCUUCCCCUUCCUCUCCGACCACAUGUGUCUAAAGGUGAAGCCUAUUGUGUCGCAGUAUCUCAGAGAAAAACAGCUGCCCUACCAUGAGGACACAUACCUCUCCCGACUGCGCCUCUUCUUUGACAAAUACCCGGAGCUCAUGGUGUUCGCUCCCCCCAUUACAGACCUCGUCGGGAUCCAGUGAGGGUGUGGGGGGAGUGAACAAUUUCCCAUAGUACUAAAAAAUGUGUUAGCAGACAGCUUGAGCAUUUGAAACUCUACCUAAGAAGCUACUAUCACCGCUGAAUGAAAUAUGUUUUUUUUUCCUUUUUUUUCCCCCAAGUACAUAUCUCUUUUUUUUUUUGUUAAUUUUUAAAAACCUGCUGAUGAAUUAGUACUGAGCAGUCAUCACAGUGGCACCUAAACAAGGGCCAUUUGGAACAGGAACAUCUUCAGCAGGUGUUUUUAAAUGUGCAAGAAUUUAACAUAUGGCUUCAGCCUUGCUGAGCUAGUGAGAGAGAGGCACAGCUGCUUCUGCCUCAAUCCCUUUGCUAUUCCUUAUGCUACAGCAUUCAAUCAGAAAUACAACCAUCACAUAUGCUAGGGCACAUUUUUAAAGUUAUUUGAUUAAAGAAUGAACGUUUCUUUUUUUGGAAAGCUCUGGAUCAGGAUUAUUCCAACAGUACUUUACAGAUUGCACAUUAUAUAGCACACUGCUUGCCAACUGUGGCUUAAUGCUUAACUUCUGAAGAAUAGUUGCAGCACCAGCCUUUCUCUGUCUCCAUAAACAGCAACAAUUCAAUGCAAUAAAACAAAAAUAACUUUUUUGAGACUAAUAUGCAAGACUUUAUAUGAAGGGCUGAUGUUUACAAUGAGUGAGUCAAGUUCUACCACCUGCAAAGGGUCAGAUUGCCUUUCAUGUGAGGCAGUUAACAUCUGUCUAUAACUGAACACUUUCAGAGUUCACAUUUUAUAAUAAUACAGAAAAGGGUCAUGCAGUGUGUGCAGAAUGUUUCAGAGACAUACCAGGGAAGUGAUUCAUUGCGUUUUAAUUUAGGUUGAAUAAUUCCAGACUGUAACAUGUUUACAAUUAUGAAUAUGACCAUUAUCGGGGAAAAAACCAAUCUGCAUUGAUUCAUUGUAGAAGGGAGAAAAUCUAAAAUGAGUUGAGUUCAUACAAGCACAAAAACAUGAAGUGUUUCCUGCUAGUAUUAAGUCAUGAAACUGGGUAUUUACAGUAGCUCUGAUGUGCCCUUCCUAAAACCUAGUAUGGUAAAUUUGCCAUCUUCCAGUGAUUUUACUGUGGGUAUACCAAGCCUUACUGUUGCUUUUCCAGUAUUUCCUACAGAUAAAAUGUUUUGUCAUGCCUCUCUAAUCCUGGCUGUAUUUUCACUUUGAAUUCUGCGUGCUUUCAUUGUGGCUAACUGCAGAAUUAGGGUACACUCAGAAUCCAGGGGUGACCAGCCCUGGUUCGGAAGAUUCUCAAUCCACAGGCGCAUCAAUAAACUCUUCCAACACUGAUGCAUUUGGGAAGAUAAUUGGUUCAGUCAAGAGAGGAGUGCCUAGCUGUGAUCCUUGAGAGCUAGGCAUUCGUUUCAGAUGAUAUCUACAUCACCUACCUGAACAACCCACCUGCUUCAGUGGUCAAAAUGAAAUUGUUCCAUGUAUUUCAAAAGGCUGUGAAUCGUAAAACUUGUCUCUCCGGGAGCAGUGUUGGCCAUUUCUGUCAUAAACUAAACAUUAUUCAGUGUUCACUAUUGCAGGAUUUCUUUCCAGAAAUUCAUAAGACAUACAGUAUUUAAGCAUCUAAUGAAUACAUGUGUCCUGUCAGUUACUAGUUAAUAAUGUGCAAAUGACAAGGCUGGCUUGAACUCCCUCUUGCAGUAAGGAGGGCUAUUCUAUAGGGCCCUAAUGGGAUGCAGAAUAUAUAGCUACAUAUUUGCCUAAUAACUCUAGUGUUCAGUGUCUUUCAUUUUAAAUGUAAUUAACAAUGUCUUUGUGCUCUUGUAAUUUAAAACAAAGAGGUGAAUAAUGACUCAUUUUAUGCAAUUUUAUUUAAUGCUGCUAAUCAAAUAUCAAUGAAACCAAUAGCAUUUCAGAAUCUGUUCUGAUCUGACCCCAGCCCUGUCUAGACCAAAUACUGUAUGUAAUAAAGGGACAGUGUUCAAUAAAAAGUAAAUCAUUACUUAAGCCAAA